UCACUUUUUUCGCAUCCCGUCGCCGAUCGUCGUCGUCGUCGCCUCGCGCAAAAAGUCCGCGUUGGUUUCUCCGUCGUCUCGUUCCUAAAUUUUUUUUUCUGUGAAUUUUCCCCGUUUUCCGGAUUCGGAACGGGUUGUUCUCAUUAGUGGCGGGCGACUGCGGUCAAGUGCACAAAGUUGUUUCCGGGAUUAUCGGGGUUCGCUAGUGGAAUCGUACGAUUUUUUCCACUCACGAGCGAAAGUAAAGAAAAAAGUGCUGGCUUGUGGCAAGGCAAGAGGCUAUCCAUCGAACGUGCAAAAGAAGAAGAAAUAACGGAAGAAGAGCGAGUGUGUGAGAAGUAAAUUCCUACAAAAUGUCGGACCCAGACGCAUUAAACAUCGAUCAUCUGAUUGCUAUGCUUUUAGAAGUUCGUGGUGCAAGACCAGGAAAAAAUGUUCAACUGUCCGAAAGCGAAAUCCGAGGAUUGUGUUUGAAGUCUCGGGAAAUUUUCCUAUCACAACCAAUCCUUCUGGAAUUGGAAGCGCCGCUGAAAAUUUGUGGUGACAUCCAUGGUCAGUAUUAUGAUCUGCUGCGCCUCUUCGAGUACGGCAGCUUUCCACCAGAGUCGAAUUACCUCUUCCUGGGCGAUUACGUCGACAGAGGAAAGCAAUCGUUGGAAACCAUUUGCUUACUGCUUGCCUACAAAAUCAAAUAUCCGGAGAAUUUCUUCUUACUGAGAGGGAACCAUGAGUGCGCUAGCAUCAACAGAAUAUAUGGGUUCUACGAUGAGUGCAAGCGGCGCUACAACAUCAAGAUGUGGAAAACUUUCACCGAUUGCUUCAACUGUUUACCGGUGGCAGCCAUCGUGGACGAGAAAAUUUUCUGCUGCCACGGCGGUCUCAGUCCUGAUCUACAAUCGAUGGAACAAAUUCGGCGCAUCAUGAGACCGACGGACGUACCCGAUCAGGGACUGCUGUGUGAUCUUCUGUGGUCUGACCCGGACAAGGACACCAACGGCUAUGGCGAGAAUGAUCGUGGCGUCAGCUUUACGUUUGGAGUGGAUAUUGUUGGCAAAUUCUUGAGUAAACAUGACUUCGAUUUGAUAUGCCGAGCCCACCAGGUGGUCGAGGAUGGUUACGAGUUCUUCGCCAAACGCCAAUUGGUUACGCUUUUCUCGGCUCCCAACUACUGUGGCGAGUUCGAUAAUGCCGGAGCAAUGAUGUCUGUUGACGACACGCUGAUGUGUUCCUUCCAGAUUCUGAAACCAGCUGACAAACGUAAGUUUCAAUACGGUGGCAUAAACUCUGGACGACCGGUAACUCCGCCCCGAGGUUACGGUAAAAACAAAAAGAAAUAAACUGAGAAUAGCUAAGAAGAGGUAUAUUUAAAAAAAAAAAGGUAAAACAACACACGUUUAAAAUCAAGUUAAACAAAACAUGAUGACUUACAAAGUUGAAGCAAAUAAUACAACUCUGAGGAAAAUGCAUACAACAAGAAACAAUUUAACAUUAAUUUAAAGGACUAGCAUGUAAAACAAAAUCACAAUACACACAAACAAACAGCAAAACUUGUUUAGGAAAAAAAUAAUGUUCAGGAAUAACUUCAUAAUAUGAAAAUAUAAACAAAACGCUGGAGCUUACGUGAGGGUGCGUUUUGUAGUAGAACUUGAUCAGAUACCAGCAUCAGAUAAAACAAUAGAAGCAAACAUCAAAUGCGACUCAAUGAAGGAUUCAUAACGGUUUAAAUUUAAAAAAAAAACAUUGAAUAUCACGUAAUGUUUUCCUUCUUAUCAGCAAGCAGUAAGAAGCCAGCUCAUUAUUAUCGCAAAUCCUCAUCAGCUUUCUCGUCUUUUUAUUUUAUUUUUCCAAGGUGAUUCAUAUAGCAAAAUUAAGAGAAUAAAGUUUAUUAUGCAUUGAUUGACAUCCAA